AUGACUACGAAAGUCGCGCCAUGGCUGCAAGGCCUCGACGAAGCGUGGGAAGUCCCAGCAGGAGUCCAGAUGCCUAGCAAUGUUUCUUCUGCGAGCCAUGAUGCCAGCUCCCUACGCAGUAACAGCAGUCGAGCACCGCGACGAGGCCUCAGCGGGCUGCCUUCGUCCAUCGCCAGCCAGAAGACCUCGUCACAGGCAACUACGCAGCUCAAGAGGAGUCCGCUUGCACCACUUACCGGCAGCAACAUCAACAGUACUCGGAGGCGCGACGUAUCCACGCGUCUUGCCGGAACCCGUUCUGUAUCAGAAGUCUCCGAUGGGUCAAUGAUUGACUGUGGGACAGUCCAGCUGCGGUCGAAGAGUGCAUCGCCAGCGAAGCAGCAGGAAACAUUGGAGUGGAAGAAAAGACUGGUGGCUGGUCAGGUUGGCUAUGGCGAUCAGACGGAUCUCUUCGGGCCAUCAGCCUUGGAGAACAUAUUUGCAAGGUCGAAAGGACCAGAGAACGAGGAUCUCAAGCCAAGAAAGCGCAUGAGCUGGCUGCAGAAAGGCGAUGCUCACAUGCCGUCCAGCCCACCUCCAUGGCCUAAGCAUUACUCCCUCAACGGAGGGUCAGAACAGCUUGAAGCUUUGCAAGAGGAUGAACAGCAGCUGUACGACGGCAACGAGGAGACCUCUGGGCAAGAGAGCUAUCGCAGCAACUCAUUUGACCUCCAAGGCUCGAGUGAUUUGCAACAGGAGGACGACAAUUCUAUGAUACAGCAACAAGCCGAUACUCCAGCCGUCAGCAAUCGCACCAUCAGUGGACAGACGGAGCUCGAACAGGAGGACUUCAGCCCGGUAUACAUCUCAAAGCACACCACUAUCAAUGGGCAGAUCAAUUAUGCCGCUCUUGACUCGCACACCAUCAAGCAAUUCCAGAGCAUGAACAUCAACCUUCGGCAUCCCAGUCAGAACGAAGACAACACUCCGGAGCGUGACAUUAAUGCCGACCGCAUCGAAGCGUCGACUUUCACAGAUGGUCCAGGCUCCGACACACUACCAACAGGACCCGACUUCUCCUUGUCAGAGAACCUUCCGACCGGAACACCGCCUGUCGCCAGCUUGAAUGGUAACAUCGAGUUCAACCGAGGCGGAUACUCUGGCUACGGCUCCUUUAAUCAGAGGCCUCUCAGCCCAUCACCCAGCAAAGUCGAGGACAGCGCGAUUCGCGAAGAGAGUGAGCUGCUUUCUCCUUCAGCUGCGUACAGUCGGUACUUGCCAGCUGCUCCGACCCCUCCAGCUGCGAUGUCCACUCCGCUGCGCCCGAGGACACCCAAUCUGCCCAAGUCGAGAUCUUCUGGAAGUCCUUUGAAGCUUUUUGGGCCUCACGAUACUUUCACAAGUAAUCGACUACUAAGGCGCAUGAGCCAGCUCGAUCCAGACGGUAACCCUGUCAAGGACGAGUUGCCGAAUACCGCAGAGGAAUCUUUGCCGCCAUCGAGCAAGCGCGAGGUCUCUAUAGCCUCAUCUCAUCAGUCCUUCGGAAGUGGGUUUUUGGACCAGCACGCUUUCAAUGCUGAGAUAACAGUCACGAGCGCGUCCGACUCAGAUCGAUCACCUGGAUCAGAGAUAUCAGUGCCUGGUGGCAGGGACCCUCUCAACUUCAGACAAGAGACCUCGCCGAUUGUUAGCAGCACUUUCAAGAUGAAGCGGAAGCUCUCCAAGCGCAGUCCAGCUAGUUCCAAGGCAUCAACUAUCGAAGCUCGGCCGACAUCACCUGCUAGACUGCAGGCAACAGUGGAAGAUGCGUCUGAGAUGGACGCCUACUACGAGCGUGCUGAUCAGGUCAGAACCUUCGACACGGGCAAAAGGCCACCUACAUCGCCAUUCAAGAACCCGACACCGAAGCGUAGGCGGACACUGCACGCCUCAGAGCUUGCGGAUGGCAUCUCGGAAGCAAACCUAUCUUACCACAAUCAUAUGCAGGAAGCUAGCAGCAGUCGCAAACGCAAGGAUGCCCGACAAGGUGAUAGCCAGGACAUCGCAGACCCGGACACCCUCGCCAGCCGCAAGAUCCUUCGACCACGCAAUCCAACGCCUAGUCAGCGUCGACAGCAGAUCCGAGCUGAACUUAGGGAGGCAGCUGAGGAAUUUGCUGAGCAGGAGCCGGAAAGGUUAGAAGCAGUGUUGGAGCAUAUCGAGUCGUCUAUCGCAGGCUCGAUGGACGGUCCGCCUAGCUUCAAGCAGCAGGCUGAGGCGUUGGCUGCGGAAGUGGCGAACUUCACGCUGCGUGUUCACAAGCCUUCUGGCGAGUUUGGUCAACGCAAGAGAUCUAUCACGACGCAGGACUUCAUGAACGAGGCUGUAAUGGUCAUGCAGCUCAUUCGGGCCAAAGCCCGUCCAGCGAGUGGAUUGGGCAGUGUGGAGGAGUCUGAAGGAGAGGGCGUGGAGAAUAUUCUUACGCCGGAUCACUCUCUGCAGGACCCUGGACAGUCACUCCGCAUUUCGCGACCACCAUCCAGGGAGGGCAGGCACAGUGGCUGGAGAUCUGCUUUGCAACCACAGACCGAUCCGAGGGUCGUCAGCCACUUGCGGAGAUUUCAGGAGACGGAAAAUACAGAAUUCAUUGCAGAGUCUAUUGCUUCUUUGGCUAUCAACGACGAGGAUAGCAGAGCUGACAAUGUUAUCGUCCUUGACGAGGCCUCGAACAUUCGCAUCUCGGGCCCGAUAGCUGAGCAGAGCCGUGGCGAAGAGAGCCAAGAUGACUCUCGUCCUAGCUCACAGCGAUCCGAAAGUACUGCUUACGCCACUCAGCCAUCCACCGGGCGUACCCACGGUACAAGCUCCACUCGGAAGUCCGAAAAUGUUGGCACUUUAGCACCAGAUGCUGUCGCUCAUCUGAUCGGCGAAGAGGUUGGAGGCAUGACCUUCGACAAGCAUCAACAGCGAUGGGUCCGUGUCAAGAGUCCGGAGAAGCAGAAGCGCGAGUAUCUCGCGCCUCCCAGCACUUUGACAAGUGAUGAUGAUCCAUUUCGAGAGAUCUCAGACCUGCAUGUGGACGAGCAGACUGAACUGCGUCGGAUCAGCUCGAGUGCUAAGACCACUCGCCGAGCUAGUCUGCCUUCUGAGAAAAUCGACUUUGCUGUGCCCGAGCAAGCGUGUGACGUCCCGGAACCUCAAGAGCGACAGAAUUCGGCUGAGACUGUCAUCUCACGGCCUGUGACAAGAGAUAGUAGCCACACGCAAGGCCGCAUCCAUCAUGCUCACUCCAGCUCGGUACCAUCACGCUACUCAGCUUUUGCGUCUAGUCGCACGCAGGACAAAGUCGAGACUCGUGCAACAUCAUAUAGUGACGAGGAGCUAGCCAGGAUGAGCAAUAUGGGUAAAGCUAGAAACCAGCCAUUAGCAUAUGCAGCUGCUCAAGCGACUCUUGCGCUUCGAGGGGAGUGUGCGAAGGUCGUGGAGGAGCCGUUGAUGGAGGAGUCGUCCUUGCCAACGCAUACAGAAGAGGGCGAGACACAAGCUACGGUUGAAGCUGAACUUCGCGACGAUACGGCGCUUGAUGGCAUGAAACAGAGUCUGGGACCCAUCGAGUCGCCGAAGCUCCGGAAGAGCAUACAACGGCCUUUCACCGCACCAGCUAAGGCAUGGCAGGAGAUGCCGGCCCGUCAGAUGUCUCUGCGUCGCCAGACCUUGACAAGUAAAGCUUAUGCUCAGCCAAGAGAGCAGAGCGAGAUCUCCCUCAUCGCAGCAUUGCCAGGCGAGCGCGUGAUGAGCCUGUCACUAAGCGUAUCCAGACCGGCCACCACUCGCCACCAGACCUAUGGACAAAUCACUGACCUUCAAUCAUCUCCAACCAAAGGCGACCUCAACUCGACGUUCUUGCUCAGCGACCUGCCCGACUUCACUGUUCACGAGGAGGACGAGGAGAGGCCUUCGGAGAAAGCACUUGCUCAGCGCUUGGCGCGCCACGCCGUGGUCCAGGUCAACGAUCGAUACGCUUUUGCCGUGAAAGACUUGGUCAAGACAUUGACAGAUGUGCAAGAAGCUGAACCGUAUUGGGAAGAUGUUCGCGAGCUCGACCUGCAUGAUCGCUCUUUGCCGUCUCUGUACGGCCUCGACGACUUUUGCACUGGUGUUCAGCGCAUGAACGUCAGUGAUAAUGCUCUCACGCACCUAGAAGGAGCGCCUCCGACCUUGCGCAUGCUCAAUGCUCGUUCGAACCGGCUGUCGAGCUUGUCUUCAUGGCAUCACCUGAUGAAUCUGCAAUACCUCGAUCUGUCUAACAACGAGCUCACAAGUCUCAUUGGUUUGGAUUGUCUUGUACAUCUGCGAGAACUCACUGCCAACGACAACCAGAUCGCAAAUCUGGACGGCCUGCACGAGCUGGAUGGCCUCCUGAAACUGAGUGUUCGCGGGAACAAGGUUAAGCAUCUGGACUUUGAAGGCACUCAUCUACAGCGCCUCGUCGACCUUGAUGUUGCCGAGAACAAUAUCUGCGCCGUUGAGCAUCUGGAGCAGCUCUAUGCCUUACAAAAGUGUGUGCUCGACGGCAACAUGCUCUCGGCUGGCUUAAGCUUCAAUAGCUCACUUGCAACUCUUCAGACAUUGUCGGUGCAACGUUGCGAGUUGGCACAACUGGAUGUGAUACAUCUCCCACAGCUCCGCGACUUGUAUGCGGACGACAACAGCCUGAAGACUAUCAUCGGACUCAGCAGCUUGCGACAUCUCAAUGUGCUAUCGUUGCGCAGGCAAAAACUCUGCACUGGACAAGCCGUUUCCAUUUUUGAUCAAGGCUGCGAAGCUCGGGAUGUGCGCUUAUCUGGCAAUGUGAUGCCUUCCAUGACCAUCAUGACCAGCUGCCUCAAUCUUCAGCACCUUGAGCUUGUAUCAGUCGGUCUCCAGGAUCUGCCGGAUGACUUUGGACUUCGCCUGCCGAAUCUGCGCACCUUGAAUCUCAACUUCAAUGCUCUACGAGACACCCGACCACUCCUGAACAUACAGAAGCUGGAGCAGCUUAGUGUAUGUGGCAACAGACUCGACCGGUUGCGGAAGAGUGUUGCCACACUCAGCAAGCUGCCGACGUUGAGGUCGCUUGAUGUGCGGGACAAUCCUGUGACGCAAGGCUUCUAUGCUCCGGUCUUGACAUCGCAUACUAGCCUUGUGCGCAAGGCGUGUCGAGUCAACUCAGCAAAUCAUGAUGAGGAUGAUGCAGUGAGGGAGCAGGCGAAACAUAUUUUGCCACAAGGCCACAACGAACAGGAUCGACAGCAUCAGCUCCGACUGGACGAGGAGACGAAAUUGCGCAGACGGGUAUAUGAGCUUCUGCUAGCGCAUACUUGUGCUGGUCUGGGCGGAGUCGAUGGAUUGGUGUUUGAUAGGAGUGCUUUGCAUGCUCGAGAUACUGUCUGGGAACGUCUGGUCGAGCUUGGUGUUGUUAAGCGGUCGAGGCCUGCGGCUCUGACGGAGGCGUGA